AUGUACGUGAAGUGUGGAGUUGAGAGGGGACCAAAGGAGGCAAGGAAAGGGGAUAGGAGAAGAGAAAAAGAAAAGAGGUGCUGCAGGAGAGAAAACGCAGAGAGGAACCAAGGGCUGCAAAGAAGGGAGGAGCCGAGAAGCAAGAAAGUGCUUCAGAAAUUGAUAUUGAAGCGUGAAGAAAAGAUACCCAAGGUCCAGCAGAAAGUUUCAAAUAACAGAAAAAUCAAGGAAGAAACAAAAGGGCAGGAGCAAUCAGAGAAGAAAGGCAAGGUAUAA